UCCACAUUGUGGAGUUAGGAAGGGGACACAUUUAACAUACUUUGAUGUUUAUAAUCUGUUUCUAACAAAAAUGGCAACGAAAUCAAAGUUUCUCAAAUUUUCAAACACUUAAAGAUCGUCGUCUUAAUUAUACUCUAUCAACGCUUCUAAAAGAACCACUACGUUUCCUUUGAUUAAUCCAAAGUUGGGAUUGGAAAGUUACACUGAAGGAAAGUUGGAAAUAAUAAUCAAGAGCUCAAACAAAUAUUUGCCGUAUCACGAGAAGAGAUGGGGUUACGGCCGUCACAACCAGCAGCUAUGCAGUCCUUGAAAGAUGGAAAUUCUAAUAUGAAAAAUGGCGAUUACGAAAGGGCAAUUAAACACUACCAAGAAUGUUUGGAAGUUACAAACGAAAUUAGCGUCAAAAUAAUGGCGUUCUUUGGUCUUGGUAACGCUUAUACUCUCUCUGAUAAAUGGCAGGAAGGAUUAAACUGUUUUAAUGAUUGUUUGAAUCUUUCUUCUAAAGUGGAAAUUAAGUAUUUUCAGCAUCAAAUAUACCUUGGCCUGGGGAGUAUUCAUUCUACCUCUAACAGACUGAAGGACGCCAUAAAGAAAAAUGAAAUGGAUUGUCUCUGCCAUAUUGCAUUAGGAGGAUUGUAUAAGUUGCUUGGAAAUUAUGAGAAAUCUCUUGAGCAUUACAAAAAAGGAUUUAAUCUUCUUGAAUGUCAAGAGCAACAGGAAAUGCAAAAAGGAAACCAACAGGUACAACAACAAGAACAAGAACAAAAUGAACAAGAACAAAAUAAACGUGAACUACAACGACAAGAAAAAGUUUGUGGUAUUAACAUUAGUAAAGAUUUCGUUGACCAUUACUUGAAAAACUUGUCUCUUGUUACUUCUGCUGGAAUUGUAAGUGAAGUGUUAGCUGUUUAUUGGGAAUUAGCUGAAUUGUUUGAUAAACUUGAAGAUUGGGGUGAAGCAACACGUAUUUAUGAAAUUUAUUUGGAGAUUGUUACAAAUGGCAAAGAUAUGGAGAAACAAAAAAAUGCCAUGCAGCGUCUAAUGCAAAUAUACGAAAAGGAAGGGCGUCAUUACUUAAACGGCUUAAUGGAACAGAAAGUACAAGACCUCGAUAGGAAGAAGAAGAAUAAAGAAUUGCAGUUACAAGAAUGGAAAUACCUUGGUGAAUCAACAAAACAUAAAGAAUUAUUCCAAAAACUUAUUGAGUAUGGGCGCAAUUCCAGCAUCAAGGUUGAAUAUGUGGGUGAUGUAGGUGUAAUUUUCUCAGAAGAGUUUUGUAUCCUCAAAGGGAGUGAUGGAACACGUGUUUAUCUUGGACUGGGAAAAGAUGGUUACGGCAAAGCUGUGAAACGAAUACUUCGUUAUAACUACAUUGAACUGAAAGAUGAAGCAAAUUGUUUUGAAAUCAAUGCAAAGAAAUCGAAUUAUGUAGUGAAUGUUUUGUUAGAAGAAAACACUGGAAUGGAUCAUUUCUAUUUAAUCCUUGACCUAUGUGAAGAAUCGCUGGAGAGUUUUGUAAAAUCUUCUACUUUGGAGGAUCUUCAAACAUCUCUUCCCGAAAUUCUCAAGCAAAUUUUAAAAGGAUUAGCUGAUCUUCAUAGCGAACCAAAUCCAACUCUUCAUCGGAAUUUAAAGCCUUCCAAUGUUUUCCCGAGAUGCACAAGGUAAAUUUCUGAUAGCUGACUUUGGUAUUAGCCGAAUAUUGAAGGAUGGCUCUAAGACAUAUGCAAGCAACACUAACCAAGGAACUGAGUAUUGGAUGGCUCCUGAAUCAUAUCGUGAAAAUGAUGAGUCGGUUGAUAAAGCACGUUACAAAAAAGAAUCUGAUAUGAUGAAUGCAGGAAUGGUGGCUUAUUAUGUUGCAACAAAAGGGAAACAUCCUUUUGGGCCUCCAGAGUAUAGAC